CAUUUAUUGGCGAUAAAUGUUCUACUGUUGGAUUAUAUAGCUGCUCUGCGGUAAAACGUUUACGUAAGCGCCAAGCCUAUAAUUUUUUAAUAAUGGAGGCGAUACUUGUUUUUUACGUUGUGUUCAUGGCUGCCUGUACAUCUGCCCAGAACGAUUCCCCUUUACCAAAGAAAAUCACCACUGGGAAACUUUUAACUACUGUCCCGGGCAAACAAGCCGAAAAUUCGAACAUCGUGUACGCUGUGCCAGGCAACUUAGUGACCAUUUCCUGUAACGCAUCCAUCGAGCUGAAUCUCAACGAAACGACUACUUUUACCCUGCAAAUUUUCAAGAAUUCACAGUCCAUGCGCAACGUCCUUCUCACUUAUCUAAACAUACCACCGCGGAAAAUUCUGCUGCCGUUGAAUGGGUGGAAGGACCGAAACAUAACGUUGUAUUUUCAAGAAUACCCGUUGGUCUAUCUUCCCAAUACCUCGGUGCAAGAUGAAGCCACCUAUGUGUGCUGUGUCAACCUGGAGUCGCGGUACCGAGCAUUUGUUAGCCGCACAAAAUUAAAAGUUUUAUGAGAAUCUGUAUCUCUUAGGGAAUAAUUUAUUACGGCCAUGUAUCAGCGGAUCUCAUUCUUUUUGCUUGCUUGAAUAAACAAUUUUUCUUAACAUGCUGUACCUUUUAAAGAAGGCGAUAUCUGUCGUGCUGGUUUGUAUUACUGGUAAAAGCUGUACUACAGACACUGAUUAAACACUAAA